UUCCGCCACUGCUAUCAACUCCGAAUCCGAAAAAUCCAGUUCCAGUUUAUCCCCAGCAGGCAGCAUGUGCGGACGUAGUGCUGCUCCUGCUCCGCAUUUUCUUAUCGCGUUCGCGUGCUUUCCACCUGAGCAUCUCCAUCCGCCGGCUAAUCGUGUGUUUAUCGCAAGCAGAUCGGAAGCUAGAUCGGAAACUCAGAUAUCGCAGUUAAUUUCCGUGUGAACAACAGUGCUGUUCGGAAAUCCGUUAAGCAAAAGACAUCAUAAAAGUCCAUUGCAAGAGGACAUUGUGAGUUCAAGUGAAUUUCAAUAGUGAAAAAUGAAUAUAAAAUUUAAUUCCAAUACAAAUUCAACUGGCAUGCGUCGACAAGGCAAAUUGUAUCCCACGGUUUCGUAAAAUGCAUUUCGAGUCAUAAAUUAAUUCCACCGAUAUACGUAGAGCGUGCUAAACUACAUCGUUAACAAUGGGCGACACAUUGGACGAGACGCCGCCCACGCGACGCGACAAGCCACAAACAUUGAACAUUGGCCAGGAGGGGCAGGUAUCCGAAUCCGCCUCCACCAACACCGUCGCACCCGUGUCCUCAAUCGCCAUUCCCGUUGGCCGCGUACCGCGCCAUCGAUUGCGUCACGCGGAUCGUGAUCGGGAUCGGGAUCAGAAACGUGAUCACUCCAGCGACGGCCUGGUUUCGAGUGGCGAACUGCGGGACGAGUUCAUGGGCAUCGAUGCCCAGCCGCGUCGCGAGAGUCUGAAUAGCUGCGAGGUGGGCAGUCCGGGAAUGAUGUCCUCCAGUCUCGGCAAGGCGGGACGACUCAACAGUUCCAGGUACCCGUCCGGCGGCACUGGUGCCAUUGGCCUGAGCGUCAUGGGCAACCUGGUGGGCACCACCACCCGCAAGUGCGUCCUCACGCUGGACGGGUACUCCUAUGUCAUAGUUGCCAGCACGCCGGAGAGUUUGCCCAGCAAGCGGGACGAGGCAAGUGGUGGGGCGGGCACCACCGGCGGCACAAGUGGUGCGGCAUCGAGCAGCAGUGGUGCAGCGAGCGGUGCGGCGAGUGGGUCAGUUGGCCCUGCAACCGGAACGGGAUCGGCGUCCGGAGGAGCAGGUGGUGUCAGUACGCCGGCACAGGAAGGCGCCAGUCCCACGGUCUCCGAGCUCAGUGGCAGUGGCAGUGGCCCAAAUGCGACAAUAAAUGGUCAAGUGGCAAGACACGGCUCACUGACGAUUAUCCGACGCACCAACAGCCGCAACUUCAACCAAUUCGACGGCCAACUGGCAUCGCCCUCAACCACCGCCUGCAGCAGCACAGUGCCGGGAAUUGGCUUCGCCCAGACGCCGCUCAGUGAACCACUUGCGGAGCGACUGUGCUACCGUACCGGUGGAUCCAACGGAUCCGCGUCCGCCGGCGACAGCCGAUCCAGCAAUCAGGUCCCAACAAAUUCCGGACCAGCCGCCGCGAAAAUGCAACCAUCAUCGCCGAAUGCCACCAACUAUCUGGCCGAUAAUAUUCAGAUCUCGUCGGCCAAUCUAUCGCAAACCGAAAUGGUCGUGGGUCGCGAUUCGGCCGACUAUACCGCCAUGCAUUCGAUAAACGUGGGCGUCGGCAACAAUUCGUUGCUGCGGGGGGACACCGAUAUUCCGCAGGAGUCGGGACACUCCUUUGAAACGCCCUCGAAUAUAUCGUUCGCCGCCGGGCAAUGGGAUACGGAGAGUUUGCCGCCAGUCGACACGCCAGAUGCUCUUAACAAAGCGGCCGGGAGAAUACGCAGUCUUCUCCGCCGCAUGGAUCAUGAGGCCGUGGCCUACGAGGACAUGCAGCGGAAUCUGCACUACGCGGCUCGUGUGCUCGAGGCCGUCUUCAUAGACGAAUCAAGAAGCCCCACAACAGGUAAAACAAAGUUGGGGCAGAUUGCGUCCUCAUCCGUUGAGAGCGAAGAAGGGGGCUGCAAUGGGAACUGCAAGAACCUGAGCUGCAAUCGCCACAGCCACAGCCACGGACGAGAUGACCAGCAGCAGGACAACAACAACUCGAAUAGCAGCUGCAGCCUGCAGGAGGCGACGCCUGGAGGAGCAGGAGCAGGUGCAGGUGGAGGUGGAGCUGACAACCAGGACAGCAUAGAGAGUCGCACCAAGGGCGUUUCCCAGGCCCCGCAGACGCACAGUGGGCCAACGGGUCCACCACCAACCGCCAACACACCUGCCCCUAAGCUUCAGCCCGCCCUGGAAACCGUGAGGGAAUCGGUGAUGGAGGAGAGUCCUUCGAAGGACCCCGGCGACAAGGGACCUGCACCACCGACCACCACAUCCAGCAGCUCCUCCAGCGCAACCACAGAGCCAAGUGCCAAGGCGGCCGAGAGUCAAGCGGGAAGUGCCGGCAGCAGUGGCAGUUGCAGUAACCCAGCGGCGGUGCACCGGCAACGGCGCCUAAGGACACCCACCUGGGCCAGGUCCAUGUCGACGAACAAAACGCGCCUGGCCGACGAGGACGAUGAGCUGUCGGAGGUGCAGCCGGAUGCAGUGCCGCCGGAGGUGCGCGAGUGGCUGGCCUCGACCUUCACCCGCCAGAUGGCCACCAGCCGGCGCAAGAGCGACGAGAAGCCCAAGUUCCGCUCGGUGGCCCACGCCAUCCGUGCCGGCAUCUUCGUGGACCGCAUGUACCGCCGCGUCUCCAGCUCGGCCCUCACGGCCUUCCCACCGGACGUGGUCAGGCUGCUCAAGAACCUGGACGACUGGACCUUCGACGUGUUCGCCCUCACGGAGGCGGCCAGUGGCCAGGUGGUCAAGUACGUGGCCUACGAGCUGUUCAACCGCUACGGCUCCAUACACAAGUUCAAGAUUGCGCCGGGAAUUCUAGAGGCAUUCCUGCACCGCGUGGAGGAGGGCUACUGCCGCUACCGGAAUCCGUACCACAACAACCUGCACGCCGUGGACGUGAUGCAGACGAUCCACUACUGCCUGUGCAACACGGGUCUGAUGAACUGGCUAACGGACCUGGAGAUCUUCGCCUCGCUGCUGGCCGCCCUGCUGCACGACUACGAGCACACCGGCACCACCAAUAACUUCCACGUGAUGUCCGGCUCGGAGACGGCACUGCUCUACAACGAUCGGGCUGUGCUGGAGAAUCACCAUGCCAGCGCCAGUUUCCGGCUGCUGCGCGAGGAUGAGUACAACAUCCUGUCGCAUUUGUCGCGCGAGGAGUUCCGCGAACUGCGCGGCCUGGUCAUCGAAAUGGUCCUCGGCACCGACAUGACCAAUCACUUCCAGCAGAUGAAGGCCAUGCGCCAGCUGCUGACGCUCCAGGAGGCGACCAUUGACAAGCAGAAGGUGCUCUCCCUGGUGCUCCACUGCUGCGACAUCUCGCAUCCGGCCAAGCAGUGGGGCGUCCAUCAUCGCUGGACGAUGCUGCUGCUGGAGGAGUUCUUCCGCCAGGGCGAUCUCGAGAAGGAACUGGGCCUGCCCUUCAGUCCGCUGUGCGAUCGCAACAACACACUGGUGGCCGAGUCGCAGAUCUGCUUCAUCGACUUCAUCGUGGAGCCCAGCAUGGGCGUCAUGUCCGACAUGCUCGAGCUCAUCCUGGCCCCCAUUGCGCCCAUGAACAAGGCCAAGCCCUCCACUCUGGUGGAGCACGAGCCGACCGCCAACUCCACGACCAACUCGGCCAUCGUGAUACCCAACUCGGGCAUCACGCCCAGCAUGGAGAAGCCACAGAGUCGCACCGAGGCGAAGACCACCGCCGCCGAGUGCCUCGCCCGCAAGAGUCUCACCGGCAGCGCCGCCUCCAAGUUCAACAUACCCAAGCCGUGGCUCAGCUGCCUGGUGGAGAACAAGCGGAUAUGGAAGGAGCAGGCCGUCAAAGAUGCCGAGGCCCGCGCUUUGGCCACCGCAGCGGAAGAAGCUGCAGCCGCAGCAGCAGCAGCAGAAGUGAAGGAGGAGGGCGAGGGGGAAAGCAAGCCGGAAACGGAAGCGGCCGAUGGCGAGCAGAGUGAGUCGGCGGCGGAGCCGGCAGAUGGCGCUGCCGCCUAAGGGGGGCCAUGGCGCCACCUGUCGGCCGGCGGCAAGCUGAAACGGAAACGAAAACGAAAACGGAAUGAAGAGAACACAAGAGGAAACUUUGAUGGUUACACUGAGAGAAGAAGCUGCAAGAAUAUUGUUUACUAAGCUUAGAAUCAGCCUAGAAUAUUAUUGAUAACAAACCGCUUCAAAUGCGCUCUCUAUGUGAAUUGUGGUAGAGUUAGACUAGCGUACAUCAUCUACAUAUACAUAGAUAUAUAGGCUUAGUUGCGGUACACUAAUAUCGAUAUAUAUAUAUAUGUAUAAAUACUGUACACUGUACACUUUGUUGUUGCAAACGGAAAAGCUAAUUGAAAAACAGAAGAAGAAAACCCAUGAAAAUGACCAUGCACAAAUACAAACGAACAGAGGAAAAUAAACGCGUAGAUGUAAAUAGCGAGGAGUUCAACUGGAAUUUGUUGUGAAUUUGUUGGUUCGUUGCGAGCAUUUAUAUUUAGAAUUCAGUUGUACUUGUACUUCGUUAGUUUUAGUCAAAUGUGGAAUUUAUCGUAUGAUUUGUAUAAGUUCGAUGUACGCCAUUUCGUUCUAAUUAAAUACAUAUAUUUUUGUAAUCGUUUGCACCUUUUAUUUUCGACCUUAGUUUUUGGUGUUUUGUGUGUUUUUGUGUGUUUGCAUUUACCAAGCAUUCGAAUUGCUCAAUUUAACGAGUGGUUUUCGUGAGAAGUGGUGACAGACUAGAGGAUCUGUCUAGAUAUUAAGUACCUAACUAAAAGCUAAACCAAAAAAUACCUGACAACUAGCUAUACGACUUGUAUAUACUCUCCUCUCAAACCAACCCCAACCCCUAACAGACUUUUACCUAAAAAAAAGAAACCAAACGAAAGCGAGGAUUUCGAAAACUUUCCACUCUACAAAUGCACAUAGCUACCUAUACGAUGGGAUAUAUAAUAUUUAUUGUUAAGGAUAUAAUAGUCACGUUUCUACAAAACAUAUUUAUUUUUAUACGUGAGCGCGGGACAAAAGUGAGAGGAGAAAGUGAAGGAGAAAGUGGAGGAGAAAGUGAAGGAGGGCUUGAGUCGCAGGAGGUUUUUGAUUUUCUUUCGUUUCGGUUUUUCUUUUCCUUAAUCAACUUGAAAUGUUUUCAAACGUUUUUCAAAAUGUCUGAUAGCGGGACCAUUCUUUUAAGAUUUACCACUGCUCUUUACCAAUUGUGAGCAGAGGGCGAAAAGCGGCGGAAAUGUGGGAAAAUUGAGGUGGAAAACAGUCGAGGGUCAAAGGGCAGUGGUAAAAGUGCUUAGCAGUAAGGUACCAAAUUAUCAGCUGAAAUUGGGAUCAUAGCUUUAUUAAGGUAGUCGAUAAAUGUACGAAAAAUCGUGGUGCAGAUGCAGAUGCAGAUGUGUAUAGCGGAUGUCUACUAGUAGCCAUAUAGCCAUAGCCACAAAUUAAAGACAAACAUUAAUCUACUCCUAGCCCACCCAUUAAUGGGAUAAAUAUAGCGCCAGAAUACCAAACACCGAAUACCGAAUACCGAAUACCUAUUAUGCGGACCGUAAAUAUUAUUGAACAAACAGUGUGUGUUAGUGUAUAUCAAACUCGAACGCUCAAAGCGAUGCGCUUAUACAUCGUAUAUAUCGUAUAUAUCUCUCAAAAAUCUGUACAAAGUCCUGAUUAAAAUAGCGUUAGGCUGCAGACCUUCAAAGGAAACUGAAUAAAAAGUUGUUAUUUAUCUCUGUUGAAAAUGAGAAAGCCAUGAAAAUGAGUAACACUACUAAUCGAUAUAUACAUAUAUGAGGUUUACGAUUCAAUGUUAUUAGCAAAACGUAGUCUAGUAGUAUCAUUAACACACAUAGACAUAUUGCUAUAUUAUAUAGUUCCGGCCGAUGUGGAAACUUGUUAUCGAGAAACUUAGCUGAUGGAACAAUAUGAAAUACACACUUGCAUACGGUAAAUAAGUUGAAAGCAAUCAUUACAUUUAAUAAUAAUAAUAUAAACUACUUAACUAUAAAGCCCCCAAUAAAAAAAUAUGAAAAAUACAUUUUGUGUAAAUACAACUUGCACAGGAUGCAAAAAGAUGUAGUAUACUAGCGAAUGCACUCUAACUAAAGGGAAUAAAGUAGCCAUUCCACACCAAAAACCAAAAACAAAACCCAAAUCGCAUAUUACUGAGAUCUGUAAAUAACUUUGGUUCAUCUGUUCAUUUCUAGCCCAGUUAUUGAUAUAUCGUAUAAGCAAACUAAUUGUGUACUUUACAAGUUUUCUCAAAACAAAAGCCUACUAAUGAAACGUUUUUAAUUUUCCUACUAUGUUAAACUCAACAUAUAAUAUGCAUAAACUAACGGCGAUGGUCUAAAAUUUGCAAACAAAUAUUUGAGAUAAAGGGUAUAUGGCUGAGAUGUAUGCUUAUUACGAAAUACUUUCAAGUAAAUUAUAAUAACACCAUAUGACUUUUAAUAUACUAAUAAAAAUUCUUAUUAAACCUAA